UGCCUCCGCCGCCUCCUCCCGGUGCCGGCGCUCGGCGGCCGCCCCGGAACCCGGCGAGCGCUCGGGGGCAGGAGGCGGGCGCUCAGAGCUGGCGGGAGCCCCGGCCGCCCCCGGGGCCCCGGCCAUGUCGGCCGAGGAGAUGGUGCAGAUCCGCCUGGAGGACCGCUGCUACCCGGUGAGCAAGAGGAAGCUCAUCGAGCAGAGCGACUACUUCCGCGCCCUCUACCGCUCCGGCAUGCGCGAGGCCCGGAGCCCGGAGGCCGGCGGCCCAGAGGUGCAGCAGCUGCGCGGCCUCAGCGCUCCGGGCCUGCGCCUGGUGCUGGACUUUAUCAACGCCGGCGGCGCCCGCGAAGGCUGGCUCCUGGGCCGGCGCGGGGAGACGGGCGGUGUCGGGGAGGGGGAGGAGGACAUGGACGAGGUGAGCCUGCUGUCCGAGCUGGUGGAGGCGGCCUCGUUCCUGCAGGUCACGUCCCUGCUGCAGCUGCUGCUGUCCCAGGUGCGGCUCACCAACUGCCUGGAGCUGUACCGCCUGGCGCAGGUGUACGGGCUGCCCGACCUGCAGGAGGCCUGCCUGCGCUUCAUGGCCGUCCACUUCCACGAGGUGCUGUGCAAGCCCCAGUUCCACCUCCUGGGCUCUUCUCCUCAAGCCCCCGGGGAUGUCAGCCUGAAGCAGAGGCUGAGAGAGGCCCGGAUGACCGGGACUCCUGUCCUCGUGGCACUGGGGGAUUUCCUGGGGGGACCCCUGGCCCCUCACCCCUACCAAGGGGAGCCCCCGUCCAUGCUCAGGUACGAGGAGAUGACUGAGCGCUGGUUCCCGCUGGCCAACAACCUUCCUCCCGACCUGGUGAAUGUCAGGGGGUACGGGUCCGCCAUCCUGGACAACUACCUCUUCAUCGUGGGCGGCUACAGGAUCACCAGCCAGGAGAUCUCCGCGGCGCAUUCCUAUAACCCCAGCACCAACGAGUGGCUCCAGGUGGCCUCCAUGAACCAGAAGAGGUCUAACUUCAAACUCGUGGCUGUUAAUUCAAAACUCUAUGCCAUUGGUGGGCAGGCCGUUUCUAACGUUGAAUGUUACAGCCCUGAGCAGGAUGCCUGGAAUUUUGUGGCACCCUUACCAAACCCUCUGGCUGAGUUUUCUGCGUGUGAGUGCAAGGGGAGAAUUUAUGUCAUUGGAGGAUAUACUACGAGAGACCGGAACCUGAACAUCUUGCAGUACUGCCCCUCCGCUGACACCUGGACGCUCUUUGAAACGUGCGACGUCCACAUCCGCAAGCAGCAGAUGGUGUCCGUGGAGGAGACCAUCUACGUCGUGGGGGGCUGUCUCCACGAGCUGGGGCCCACCCGGAGGGGCAGCCAGAGCGAGGAUAUGCUCACCGUGCAGUCCUACAACACUGUCACCCGCCAGUGGCUCUACCUCAAGGAGAACACGUCCAAGUCGGGCCUCAACUUGACGUGCGCGCUUCACAAUGACGGCAUCUACAUCAUGAGCAGAGACGUGACCCUGUCCACCAGCUUGGAACACCGAGUCUUCCUCAAGUACAACAUCUUUUCGGAUAGCUGGGAAGCCUUUAGGCGUUUCCCAGCCUUCGGACACAACUUGCUGGUCUCCUCACUUUAUCUGCCCAAUAAAGCAGAGACAUGACUGAAUUGACUUCAUGUUUAAAAGAAACCUGGUUCAAGACCAAAAAUCAAAAAAACAAUGUCCAAUUUCGAGAGAGACUGAUUUUUAAAGGGAAAAUGUGGGUUCUAGGCCGUUUAUACAAAAGCUGUAAAUACGCUUACUUGAACUAAUUACUUGAAAACUUGUGGAAAAAAGAGACCAACUUUAUUAUUUUUUUAAUUAUUGAUUUUUAAAUUAUGGGAGCAAAUCCAUGAUGAUGUUUUCAUACAGAUGUGAUACCCUUGGGCCAAUGACUGAAACUGAUCCUCACAAAGAAGAUUCAUUGUGCCUGCUUUGGUCAAAGGGCCAAAGUCAAUCAUUGGCAUGAACGGUAAAGAUGAUUUUAAAAUCA